CCAACACGUUGGCACCACCGCCACCGAAAUUUUUUUUACGCAAUUUUUUAGGUUAGUUCGGGAUUUUUAUUUUGUAAUUAAUUAAAUUUGCUACAGAGGAAGUAGCCAGUUUUAGAACCGAUGGCUGAGGAAAACCGCCUUAAAAUGGGUCCGAGAGAGGGCAUCUCGUACCCCAUUCAAGUAACUUACUGCGGAAACUGUACAAUGCCUAUUGAGUACUGCGAAUAUUAUCCAGAGUACGACAAAUGUAAACAGUGGCUAGAGAAAAACUUACCAAGGGAAUUUGAAAAAGUAAAAAUAGGAGACGGAGGCGAUACCCCUGCUGGUGAAGAAGAAAAAAAACGACAAAAACGUGGAGGCAAAGGCAUCAUUAAAACCAAGAAAAAAGAGGAGGGUCCUAAGCAAGUGUACGUUUCUAGAGCUCCAAGAGGCAAAAAGAAGUCUGUCACAGUAGUAACUGGACUCAACACUUUUGACAUUGACCUAAAAGUGGCGGCCAAAUAUUUUGGGCAAAAAUUUGCUUGCGGGUCAUCGGUUACUGGGGAAGAUGAAAUUGUGAUCCAAGGAGACGUCAAAGACGAUUUGUUUGAUGUUAUUCCUGAAAAAUGGCCUGAGAUCGAUGAAGACUUCAUUGAGGACCUCGGCGAUCAAAAAAGAUAGAUUUAACAUUAUUUAUUGUAAAAAAUAUAUUCUGGAACAUACAAGCUAAUAAAGAUGAUUUGUUAAUAA